AUGGGUGAGAAAACAGCAGCCUUGGAGUUGGAACGUCAAAUUAGACAAUGUUUAGCUGAAAGAAAGUCUGAAGAGAACAAAGAUGGGAAAUCUCCUGAUAAAGUGAGGGCUAUUAUUGACCAAUUAUCCAAAGAGUAUGCGUAUUCGGUUCAUCAGCCAAAUGCUAGAAAUGGUGGGUUGAUUGGGUUGGCUGCCGCUGCAAUUGCUUUAGGUCAAAAUGAAGUGGCUGUUUAUUUAGAAGAUAUUAUACAUCCAGUAUUGGCUUGUUUUGGUGAUCAAGAUGCUAGAGUUAGAUAUUAUGCUUGUGAAAGUUUAUACAAUAUCGCUAAAGUCUCCAAAGGUGAAAUCUUAUUAUAUUUUAAUGAAAUAUUUGAUGUUCUGUGCAGACUGGCUGCUGACUCUGAUGCUUCUGUGAAGAACGGUGCAGAUUUACUGGAUCGUUUAAUCAAGGAUAUAGUCUCUGAAAAGGCAACUUCAUAUGUUAGUGUUAUUCAAAAUAAUCCAGAGUUAGCUUAUAAAAAUGCUACACAAACUACUAUAAAAGAUACUAAUGGUCAAGUUUUACAAUUACAACCACAACAAGAGCCAACAGCUUUUUCAUUACCAAAAUUUAUUCCUUUACUUAUGGAAAGAAUCUAUGCUAUAAAUCCAUUUACAAGAAUCUUUUUAGUUUCAUGGAUAACUUUAUUGAAUUCAGUUCCUGAUUUAGAAUUAAUUUCUUAUUUACCAGCUUUUUUAAGUGGGAUGAUAAUUUUCCUAAGUGAUUCACAUAGUGAUGUUAGAGUUAUAACUCAAUCAGCUUUAGAUGUUUUUUUACAUGAAAUUAGAAGAGUUUCUGAAAUUCAAAAAUUAGUUAGAGAACAAAAAAUUAAAAAAUUAAAAGAUAAUAAUAGUAUUUUACAAAAAUCAGUUGGUGAUCUGUCUUUAGAUCAAGAUAAAAUUGAAACUUCAACCCCUUCUAAAGGUCCAAAAGAUAUCAAAGAUAAUGAUAAUAAUGCAGAUGAUAGUCUAUUAUCUAAUGGUGAACAACAACCAGAAAAUGUUGAUAAAGUUGAACAACCUGAAACUCAUAACAACAAUCAAAUUGAAAAACAGGAAGAAGAGCAACACGAUGGUGAACUUUAUAUACCGGGUCAAGAUAUACAUUUAGAUUACCCAAAGAUUAUUGAAAUUUUAAUUUCACAUUUAGAUUCAUCAGAAGAGAAAAUUCAAUUAGUUGUAUUAAAUUGGUUAGAUGCUUUACUUGAAAUCUCACCAUCAAGUUUCAUUCCAUAUUUACCAAAGAUUUUAUCUGUCUUAUUAUUAACUAUGGCUAAUCAAGAAGGUUCAAGUUCAAAAGAAAGUUCCAAAGAAGUUAAUGAUAGACUAUUAGAAUUAGUAACAAAUUUGAAUGAAGAAGAUGAGAAAAAACUCAAUUAUAGUCUUACAAUCAAUACUGUCACCUCUCAAUUUUUAAAUGAAAAUGAAGUUACAAGAAUCGCAGCUUUAGAUUGGCUGGCGAUGCUACAUAGAAAAUCACCAAAGCAUUUAUUACAUCAUAAUGAUGAUACUUUUACAACUUUAUUAAAAGCAUUAUCAGAUUCAAGUGAAGAAGUUAUACAUCGUGAUUUACAAUUAUUAUCUGAUAUAUCAUUUGAUAGUGAUGAUGAAAGUUUCUCUUUAUUCAUGUUGGAUUUAUUAGAUUUAUUUAAAAAAGAUCAAAAACUUCUGGAAACUAGAGGAAAUUUCAUUUUGAGACAAUUAUGUAUCUCAUUAGAUUCCAAAAGAAUAUAUCAAACAUUAUCUGAAGUCUUGGGUAAAGAAGAUGAUGUCACACUAGUUGGUACAAUGAUUCAAAUCUUGAAUAAUAAUUUGAUUACAGCACCUGAAUUGGCUGAAUUAAGAAAACAAUUAAGAGAUUUAGGUGAUAAAGGUGAUUGGGAAUUAUUCUCAACUCUUUUCAAAGCAUGGAGUCAUAAUGCACCAGCUGCAUUAGCUUUAUGUUUACUUGCACAAGCAUAUGAACUUGCUUAUUCAGUUCUUCAAAUUUUUGUUGACUUUGAAAUAACGGUCAAUGUUUUAGUUCAAAUUGAUAUCUUGGUUCAAUUAUUAGAAUCACCAGUCUUUACAAGAGUUAGAUUACAACUUUUAGAACCUGAUAAAUAUCCAUAUCUUUAUAAAUGUUUAUUUGGUAUCUUGAUGUUGUUACCUCAAUCAACUGCAUUUGCAACUUUGAAAAAUCGUUUAAGCAGUAUAAGUGUCAUAAAUACAAUGGUAAAUUUACAGGAAAAAUUAGAUAUUAAAGAAUCAGAAACAUCAAAUAAAUCAAAAGCUACAAAAUAUUCAGAACUUUUACAAAGAUUUAGAUCAGUUCAAGAAAUUCAUGAACAAUCAAGAUUAAGAAAUGCAGUUAAUCCAAAGACAAGAUCAGCUCUACCAAAAUAUAAUGAUACUCCAAUUUUAGAAAAAGGUGAUCCAAUUGAUGAUAAAGAAAAACCUUCGCAAGGUCAUUCAUUAAAAUUUGAUACCAAACAGGCUGUUAGAAAAUUAUCAGGUAGAUCAUUUGGUCUAAAGGGCUUUGGUGCUGAUAAAUAA